CAAUAUGAGAGCAAAACUUGACUUGAUACUUAUAAAUCAAUGUAAAAUGAACAGAUUUUUAUUGCCAGAAGAAAAAAUUCUCUUUCAACCUCCAAACAUGCCUGCACUUCUUUUGGAUACCAUUGAACAGGUUAAAAUAUUUGAGAAAUUUCUUUCAAAUGACGUACAGCUUGCAGAUACAUGUUACUAUUUAAAGUCUUUUCCUUUGGGAAAUGAUGAGGCUCGAGCAGUACCUAAACUUAUGUCAAACCUCAUGAGUAACUCUCUUGCCCAAGAAUUUAAUUUCGAUGGUCAUGGAGCCAAAUUGGCUUUUAAAUCCACAAAAUUAUGGGAAUUGGUGCAAGGUACACUGUUGUUAAAAUUUGAUCAAAGUGAUCUGAGUGAAGCAUUGAAAACCCUCAGAUCAUGGCUGCGAAAUGCCAAAGGAAGAAAGAAUUAAGACAAAAAAAUCAAAAGCGGUAAUGUUGAAAGACUUCCUUGAAAAGAUCGACUCGA